GCCACCACAACAGCCAGCGAGCGACACAACACACGCCCGUUCUACUGCUGCUGACACGUCGCACCACGUCGCACCACUGUUCGCCUGCCUGACCGGGACCAUGCCUGCGGCCAAGCGGAGCAAGCGGGGAGAGGCGGGCCUGAUGGGGAAGCACGGCCAUGACGGUGAAGAGUGGGACGAUGACGAAGGAGAUGGGGAAGAGGAGGAGGAGUACGACCAGAGCAUGCCCGACUCUCGGCCCCGCAAGGCCACCCGAACACCAACCCAGGCCAUCUCCGCCGAGGUGGUUGCAACAGGCUCAACCGGCAUGGAUGACGGCCACGAUGAAGACGAAGCUGAGGGCCAGUUUGAGAGCAACAUGAGUCAGAUCCAGUCACAGGACGCUGAUGUUGGCCUCGUGGACAUGCCCGCGGAGUCGGGCAUCGUCAAAGCAUUGCACCUCGUGAACUUUAUGUGCCACCGCAUGCUGGAGAUCAAGUUUGCUGACAACAUCAACUUCAUCAACGGCGUCAAUGGCUCUGGCAAAAGCGCAAUCCUCUCCGCCCUCGUCCUUGGCCUUGGCGCGCAGCCCACCAACACGGGCCGCGGUAGCACGAACGUGUCGAGCUUCAUCCGCAACGGCGCGCGGGACGCCACCAUCCGCGUGUCCAUGAAGAACAGCGGGUCGGAGGCGUUCAAGCCCGAGAUCUACGGCGAUGUCAUCCACGUGGAGCGCGUCAUCACCAAGAAGGGUUCAACGUACACGAUGUAUGAUGCGAACAACAACAAGAAGGCGACGUCGAGGCGCAGCGUGUUGGACAUGUGCGAUCACUUCAACAUUCAGAUUGACAACCCUGUAUCCAUCCUGACGCAAGAAGUUGCCAAGACCUUCCUCACAGACAGCUCCCCAACAAACCUCUUCAAGUUUUUCAAAAAGGGGACGCACGUUGAGACGCUCGAGCAUUUGUUUGUGGACGUGGACGACAUUCUCACGCAGUCCGAGUACCUGCUGGAGCGAAAAACCAAGGAGAUGAAGAAACUGGAAGUCAACAUCGAGGCUGACCGCCAGCGCUACGAGCUGACGCAAAAGAUCGACGAGAUGGAGCAGGAAGAGCACAAGCUGGUGCAGUCGCUGGUGUGGGCGGAGGUCAAGGAGAAGCGCAGCGAAAUUGAGGACGCACGAAACGACGCGCUCAAGUUUGAUGACGAUAUCCGCAAAUGCACCGCCAACCUGGAAAAGAUUGAGGCGAAGAAGGCUGCCAAGACUGCGCGCAUGCAGGAGCUGGAGGCGGCCGUGUCGGAGAUGAAGGGCCGACUCGACGCAGCGGAGCAGCAGGCGACCGACAUCCGGCACAGGAAGAGGGGCCUGGCACGCGAGCAGGAGGACGCAAAGCGCAACUUGAUGAAGUGCGAGCGGGAGUUGCGUUUCAAGCGGGAGGAGGCUGAGCGCGUGCUGCAGACGAUUGGAGAGCUCGAGCACUCAAACAACGCCGACGCCCACGACUGUGAGGCGCGGCAGCGGGCGGAGAAGAUUGCAGAGAAGGAAGAGCAGUUGCAGCAGCUGCACCACGCACGGCAGGAGUGCGAGCAAGCGGCGCAAGAGCUUGACGGUGCGCAGGGCCGGCUGCAUGAGGUGAAGGACCGGUCGAUGCAGGAGCUCGAGCGUGCAAAGUACCGCCUUGACUCACUUGAACGCGAGCGACGCAAUCUCAUCCACAGCGGACAGAGCCAGUUGAGUGUGUGGGGACAGGAGUUCCCUGUCGCCGCCGCCAAAAUCGACCGCGAGCGCUUCUCCAAACCCGUGUACGGGCCUAUCGGACAGUACAUCCGCCUGCAGGACAAAACGUGGGGCGUGGCCGUCGAAACCUCUCUGCGCAACUUCCUGCCAGCCUAUCUUGUGGACAAUGCCGCCGAUGCUGCGAAACUGAAACGCAUUUUGGCGUCUGUCUUCCGCCGCCACCAGCCAAGCGUCUACGUCUACAGCUACGCCAACGCCGGCCGCAAACUCCCGCCCGUCCAGGCGCCCGCACCGACGAUCGACCAAGUCACGUCCAUCAGCGAGCCGGUGGUGGAGGCGUUUCUCGUUGAUCACGGCCGCACCAACAUCACAUUCCUCUGCAAGGACUACGACCAGGGGCGCGAGCUGGUGUGGGACGCGCGAGGGGCGAGCCAGAUCAGCGGUCUCAACGGACAGAGGAUCGCUGGUGCCUUCCUCCCCAACGGCGACGAGAUGCGUGCUGGUGCGGGCAACCGGUACUACUCCAACAGCUCCACGCGUCCCGUCCGUCUUGGCGCCGACGUCGCGCAGAUCACCAGGGAGAUUGAGGCCAAGAUCCCAGCUGCCCAGGAAAAGUUGGAGCAAGCAAAGACAGACCUCGCCAACGCGCGCAGGCAAAUUGCCGACAAUGAGGCCCAGAGCAAAGAGCGGGAGCGGCAGCUGCGGACGAUUGUGCGUCAGCAGCGAAAGUUGGAGCGAAGUUUGAAUGCUCUUCGACAGGAGGACGAAUUGGAGGAGCCAGUCGGUGUUGCGGAUCUGCAGUCCUCUCUCCACGACCUUGAGCAGGAGCUCCAGCCAAUCCAGAACAAGCGCGAAGAACUGAGCAGGCUGGUGGCGGAGUACGACAGCAAGAUGCGCGACUUUGAUGCUCAGAACCCAAUGCCAGACAAGACGGCGCUGCUGCAAGAGAUGGAGCCCUAUGUGCGGGAGCUUGACGCGCUGCCUGCGUGGUUUGCCAAGUACGAGUUGAAGGAGAACAAGAGCAAGGAGCGGCUGGAGCAAGCCGAGCUGGAGAAGCAGGCUGCAGAGGUGCACAUACAGAACAAGCAGCGCGAUCUACAGGAGGUUGAGCAGAGUGCAAUUGAGCGCGGGCUGGACGAAAUCUCCACCACCAAAUCAUCAAAGCGGUACCGGCACGAGCUGCAGCAAAUUCAGGCGCGCAUUGCGAGGAGCAAACAGGCCAGCAACAUUGACAACAUUGACGAGUUUCGGCGGAAGUUUCACGAGGCCCAACAGCAGUUUGACGAGGCCAAGAACGUCCUCGAAUGCGUGAAAGGCUACUUGCAUGAUUUGGUGGAGGCAAGGAACAGGCGCAAAGACAAGCUGGAGUUUUAUGUCGAUUACCACUUCUGCCGCAUGAGGACGUAUUUCCAGCGCUGCCUGCAGCACAACGGGUUCUCUGGCAAACUCGAUUUUGAGAAGCAGUUCAACAAGGAGGAGGUCAGGUUUGAUGGCAAGCUCCACCUCACUGUGUUGCCGGCAAAGCAGGAGGCAAACAGCGCACGCUCAACCAAGUCGCUCUCAGGCGGCGAGAAGUCCUUCUCCACGCUUGCCUUCCUCAUGUCCCUGUGGGAUGUCAUGCAGUGCCCCUUCACCGCCCUCGACGAGUUUGACGUGUUUAUGGACAUGAUGACACGGUCGGUGUCUGUCGAUUUGCUGCUCGCACUCACGCGCAUGCGCCGGAACAAGCAGCUCUUCAUCCUCUCUCCGCUCAAGAUGGGCCAGUUCCAGGACAAGAUGGGCGAUGGUGCACAGCUGCAUCGCCUCAACCCGCCGGACCGCCAUCAGGGAACGCUCAACUUCAGCAGCCAGCCAUAG